AUGAACUCAAUCCGCUCCAUACAAAAGCUAAACGCUGCUCAAAUUGACCUCCCGGAAUCCGCCUCCUGGCAUGCCGACUACAAAGACUCUGCGUACAUCUACGUUGGCGGCCUCCCCUACGACCUCACCGAAGGAGACAUCGUCACAAUCUUCUCCCAAUACGGUGAGCCCGUCGACAUCAACCUCGUCCGCGACAAGAACACCGGAAAGUCAAAGGGUUUUGCGUUCAUCAAGUAUGAGGAUCAGAGGAGUACCGUGCUAACCGUGGAUAAUUUGACGGGAGCGAAGGUGCUAGGAAGAAUGUUGAAGGUUGAUCAUGUUAGUCAGUAUAAGCAGCCAAAG